UUAUACAUUUUAAAAGGAUUACCAAAAAUUAGAGAUUACUACGCAUUGAAAAUGUUUCACGCGAGAGAGCUGAGAUUUAUGCUUAAACCAGAAAAACGCCCAGCAAUUAAUAGUGUACGUUAGCUUUAGCUGGAGAAAGAUUAGAGAGUGCUGGAAAUUGACCGUUGCACUGUGUUGCAGUAGAAACUAAUUAGAUCUCAAAUCAGAUCAAGAAUGGCUUUGGCUUCCCCUGCUCCUUCGGCGUUAUACAAACAACUCAAGGGAGCAGAACCCUUCUUUCUGCUUGCAGGACCAAAUGUAAUAGAAUCAGAGGAGCAUAUUCUGAAAAUGGCUAGACAAAUUAAGUCUGUCACUGAAAGGUUGGGAUUGCAAUUAGUUUUCAAAUCGAGUUUUGAUAAAGCUAAUAGGACAUCAACCAAGUCAUUUCGUGGCCCUGGUCUAGAGGAAGGGUUGAAGAUAUUAGAAAGGGUUAAGACCACCUUUGACUUGCCAAUUGUGACAGAUGUCCAUGAAGCUUAUCAGUCUGCGCAUGGUGCUGGUGUCCGUGGCAGAGGAUUCAAGCAAGUUACAGAAGCAUCUUUAUCACCUUGUGAAGCUGUUGGGAGAGUUGCAGAUAUCAUUCAAAUACCAGCUUUCUUGUGCCGCCAGACAGAUCUUCUGGUAUCUGCAGCCAAGACAGGAAAAAUUGUUAACAUCAAGAAAGGCCAAUUCUGUGCUUCAUCAGUCAUGGUAAACUCGAGUGAGAAAGUCAGGUUAGCAGGCAACCCAAAUGUAAUGGUUUGUGAGCGUGGUACAAUGUUUGGAUACAAUGACUUAAUUGUUGAUCCUCGCAAUUUGGAGUGGUUACGGGAAGCAAAUUGUCCUGUUGUAGCAGAUAUCACACAUGCAUUGCAACAACCGGCUGGUAGAAAGCUGGAAGGAGGGGGAGUUGCGAGUGGAGGCUUACGCGAACUAAUACCUUGCAUUGCUAGGACAUGUGUAGCAGUUGGAGUUGAUGGCAUUUUCAUGGAGGUACAUGAUAAUCCUCUAAGAGCUCCAGUUGAUGGCCCAACACAAUGGCCACUGAGGAAUUUGGAGGAGCUACUAGAGGAGCUCAUCACUAUUGCAAAAGUAACCAAGGGAAAGCAAAAGUUUACAAUAGACCUGACACCUGUUGGGAAAGACUUCUGACAUCAUAUCGAGAUGUUUUGAAUCAACGCAUCAGAUGGAGCACCAAUUGAAGAUUAAUUAGCUGGGAUAGGAGGGUCAACCUCCCAUGGCAGAAAAUCUGAAGUAAUACAAGUGCAUUUUUUCGUACGUGACAGCUUGAAGAUAUUGAUGUCAUUUUAGAGUAUGCAAGAAUAAUAAAAGUAUUAGCUGUUACCAUCAUUGACUUAGUUACAACCAACGAUUUGAAAUUUUUCAAUGCUCUUGCUUGUUAAUUUCUGGAUCUUUUUUUUUAAAGCAUAUUAACAAUUUACCUCCAUGAAUGGCCUAUACCUAAUCCCUCAUCCCUGAUAAAGUUUUGAAAGUCUUUGUUGUUCUCAAUUACUUCUCUUAGGACACCUUUUGGAAUAAUGGUCUUGUACAAUAGAACAUCAUUCAUUUAAAUGCAAAUAUGAUGCUUAGUAUUGGAGUUUC